UUGCCGGCUUCACUGAGCCCGCGCUGGCAGUCUGAGGAAAGUCGGCGUGCUUCUGUGCUUCCGCCUGCCGCCCCAGCCCCGCGUCCGGCGCCCCUGCCUCGCGCCCGAUGGUGAGCAGUGUGUUGUGCCGCUGCGUGGCCUCCCCGCCGCCGGACGCCGCCGCCACCGCCUCGUCGUCCGCCUCGUCGCCGGCGUCCGUGGGGGACCCGUGCGGAGGCGCGGUCUGUGGGGGCCCGGACCACCAGCUGCGCCUGUGGAGUCUCUUCCAGACGCUCGACGUCAACCGCGACGGCGGCCUGUGUGUUAACGACCUGGCCGUGGGGCUGCGACGUCUGGGACUGCACCGCACGGAGGGCGAGCUCCGGAAAAUUGUGCAAGCUGGUGAUAAGGACCUUGAUGGGCAACUGGACUUUGAAGAGUUUGUCCAUUACCUCCAAGAUCAUGAGAAAAAACUGAGGCUGGUGUUUAAGAGUCUGGACAAAAAGAAUGAUGGACGAAUUGAUGCACAGGAGAUCAUGCAGUCCCUACGGGACUUGGGAGUCAAGAUCUCUGAACAGCAGGCUGAAAAGAUUCUCAAGAGAAUACGAACGGGCCACUUCUGGGGCCCUGUCACCUACAUGGAUAAGAACGGCACGAUGACCAUUGACUGGAACGAGUGGAGAGACUACCACCUCCUGCACCCUGUGGAAAACAUCCCGGAGAUCAUCCUGUACUGGAAGCACUCCACGAUCUUCGAUGUAGGUGAGAAUCUGACGGUCCCAGAUGAGUUCACAGUGGAGGAAAGGCAGACAGGCAUGUGGUGGAGACAUCUGGUGGCAGGAGGUGGGGCAGGGGCUGUUUCUAGAACCUGCACGGCUCCCCUGGACAGACUAAAGGUGCUCAUGCAGGUCCAUGCCUCCCGCAGCAACAAUAUGUGCAUUGUAGGUGGAUUUACCCAGAUGAUUCGAGAAGGGGGUGCCAGGUCCCUCUGGAGGGGCAAUGGCAUCAAUGUUCUCAAAAUUGCCCCUGAAUCGGCCAUCAAAUUCAUGGCAUACGAGCAGAUGAAGCGCCUUGUUGGUAGUGACCAGGAGACGCUGAGGAUCCAUGAGAGGCUGGUGGCAGGCUCCUUAGCUGGGGCCAUUGCCCAGAGCAGCAUUUACCCAAUGGAGGUUCUAAAGACCCGGAUGGCCCUGCGGAAGACAGGCCAGUACUCGGGCAUGCUGGACUGUGCCAGGAGAAUCUUGGCCAAAGAGGGUGUAGCUGCAUUCUACAAAGGCUAUGUCCCCAACAUGCUGGGAAUCAUUCCCUAUGCAGGCAUCGACCUAGCUGUCUAUGAGACACUGAAAAAUAUGUGGCUGCAGCGCUAUGCAGUGAACAGCGCAGACCCUGGGGUGUUCGUUCUCCUGGCCUGUGGUACUAUUUCCAGUACCUGUGGCCAGCUGGCCAGCUACCCCCUGGCCCUUGUCAGAACCCGGAUGCAGGCACAAGCCUCCAUUGAGGGUGCACCCGAGGUGACCAUGAGCAGCCUCUUCAAACAGAUCCUGAGGACUGAGGGGGCCUUUGGGCUGUAUCGGGGCCUGGCCCCCAACUUUAUGAAGGUGAUUCCAGCUGUGAGCAUCAGCUACGUGGUGUACGAGAACCUGAAGAUCACCUUGGGUGUGCAGUCACGAUGACGGGAGGGUGGCGGACUUGCUGAUCCUGGGCUGCAGCCCAGGGUGUGCAGCCAUCUCAUUCUGUGAAUGUGCCAACACUAAGCUGACUUACCCAAGCUGUGAAACCCGGGAUGCCGCAGGGGAGGAACAGGGAGAGCUGGCAGACCCUAGUCGUGUCCUGCUGACCUGGCAGACCCUUAUGUCCCUUCUAGGGAAGAUCAUUGGACAUUCCUCAGGGUCCAGAGGUCAGCACCUAGGGACAGGACAUUUUCUGCAGUGCCUGUCAGAUAGUGAGCUUAGAGGCCAGCUUAGUUCUUCCAUCUCGUCCUUGCAGCCAGACCUCCGCUGUGCCCCCUCUCUGGCCUACUGAGCAUUCCUGUGUCCACUCACAUCUUUCCCCUCUGAUGUGCUGUGGUAGGAGGGACCGUCCUAACCCUUCCUUGUCCCUUACCCCGAGCGCUGGUGAGAGGCAGUUCUGCCUACCUCUCCAAACCCAUUUCCCGAGCUGCAACAUCCACAUGGACAUGUGGGUAUGGGAUUCUGAAGGAGCCCCACCUAUGUACUUGCCUCUUCUGAGCUCACCAGCAAGGCCACCUGGACAUGCCCAGGUACUCAGGCGCUGGCUGCCUGGCACCAUGGUGCAUGGCUUUGCUGAAAGCUAGUGUUUGGGCCUGGAGCCCAGAGGAAUUGUGCUGCCUGCAUGGGCCUAGUGUCCUCUGAGAUGUCCCCAACCCUGUCAGGACUGGCACAAGCUCAUGCUCAAACUCAUUAUCCUAUUCUGUGGUAUGAGGAUGGAGCACAAUGUCUACCCCAUGUCUGCUGUCCUGAGAAGAAAAAGAUGCUGAAGGCCUUAAUUAUGUCUUAUUGGGAAAAAGAUUUGGUUCAGAAGGACAAGCUGGACAAACGCACAAGUUCUGUGUUUUCAGAGAGGACCGAGGGAACAGAUGGUCUGACUGCAUUAAAGUCUGUUUCUAAGGCUCUGGGGGAUUUAUGUCCAGUCCCUAAGGGGCCAAGUGGGACCAGCCUCACAUUCCCACAUGAUGUAUCACACUGCUUGGAGCCUAUUUAUUUUGUAUUUAUUUGAACAGAGUUAUGUCCUAACUAUUUUUAUAGAUUUGUCUAAUUAAUAGUCUGUCAUUUUCAGGUUCAUUUUUUAUUCAUAUUUAUGUUCAUGGUUGACUGUACCUUCCCCUCACCACUCAAUGGGGAUGGGGAGAUGAGAUGGAAGGGUGUGGCUCCAGAGAGACCCAACCCACUACCUACCACUGUCAUGUCCAAAGAAAUCCCUCUCCUGACUGGAGACAAGGAAAGGCACGAGGGAGGGGGGGACCCUGACCAUGGAGAACGUGUCCCCUGGCAGGCUGAGUGGGGCAGCGAGGAAGGUGGCAGUUCACAUUCUUUCCUGGACUAGGACAAGAUUUCAUUUCAUCCUUUCUGAAUGAUGGGCAGUUAGGACCUUGCUGUGACUUUGGGGUGGGGUUAGGGCUGAAGGACAGGUAGCUCAUCUCCCGUCUGUGACCUGAGUGCCCUCCUGGCCCACAGCUGCUCUCGCUCAAUAACACCAGUCAGCCAGUCAGUUGGUGGUUGUGCCUCCAUCUCCCCAGAACUGCCUGAUUGAGGAAAAUCCAAAUAGGAUGCAAAGAUCAAUGCAAAAAUUGUUAUGCCUAAGUAUAUAUAUAUAGUUAUAACUGGAGUUUGUCAGAAAGCAAACUGAGAAGUGGAAGUUGUCAUUUAAAACAGCCUUCUAAUAAAGUUGCUUCAAACAUGA